AUGACACCUUUUUCGCAAAAGACUGUCUUCGUUUUGGCCUUUACCGAUGUUCCGGAAUAACAGCUUAAUCCAGCUUGGUCACCAUGGUAAAAUUAUGGUUGCCAUCGCCUCCUCUAAUCAAUGCGCAUAACGAACAACGCAAUGAUGAAGAGCAUGCUUCUCCAGAAGCCCAGCCCUUUGGUUUACGGCGUGCGGAACGAGGAUACGGUUCGACGAUUGGAUUGCCCACGUUCUUGACAUCUUCCAGCAGCAGGAGCGUGCGUAGUGCUUACGACACCAUCGCUACAUCAAUUCCAGAACGUCUACCCGAAUCCCAGGCUUCAGAGGCCCAUUCCAUUCGCUUUCAAGUGGUUGUAUGGCACGUGGGUCCGAUGGAUUCAGUUCUUGGCAAAGUCGACGUCCGUUUUCGUGUCACUAUUUUUUGGAAUGCGAUUCCAUAUCUAAGACCGUGUAAGGAUGGUUACCAUGCGUCGUCCUCGGUCAGAAGCGACACAACAAACACGAGAGACUCGAUUGUUAAAGUGUGGACAAUGUAUGGUCGACAGCGAGCUUACGAACGAACCUUGCAUGACAAUCUGUCACCCGAGUCUUCGCCUGUGGCGGAGAACCACAAGAAAUUCAGUAGGAUACGGUACGUUGAUGUUCCUCCGGUAUCCAUCCUUAACGCAAUCGACUUUGAGGUCCUGGGUGGAGACCCUGAAGUUUGUGUCGUUCAAGAAGAAUCUCGGCUUAUGCGCUGGAGUUGCCUCUACAAAGCAUCCCUAACUCAAGCAGACUGGAAUGUCGCCAAUUUCCCGCACGAUUCCCAUAACCUCGUCUUGAAGUUUGGCAUUCUCAAAGAUCGCCGAGCGGGGAAACGCUGGGACCGCAACAUAUGGAAGCUGGGGUUGGCAACCGAGGACGAUACCCAAGGUUCCAUCCGUGUACCAGAAGGCUUACUAGUGGAGCACGUACGUGUACCAGAGUUCAGCUACGAUGUAGCUCGGGGUUUGGAUUUUGAAUUUGUUCCGCUAAAUUUUGGUGCCAGUCGUCCUCUUAAUAGUAAUGCGGAAAACGGAAGUAACAAGGACCAGCUGAAUGGAAGGGAGCAGGACAACUGUGACACCUGUUUACAAGUCAAACUGCAUGUCCAGCGCGACUCGGCUUACUACGACCGCAACAUCAUCCCACUACUAACGGCCUUAAAUCUGGUGGGCAUAUCGACUUUGGCAUUGGCACCGUCCAAAUUUGGAUCUCGUGGGCAAAUUAUAGUAGCAACUGCGUUUGUCGAAAUUGGGCUCCGUAUGACACUGGACAGCCGGCUUCCACACGUGGGAUAUCAAAUCAAGAUGCAGGUUGUGCUCAACAACUUCUUUUUUGGUCUGCUCUUUCUCGUUCUUGGAAGCAGCAUCAACUAUCUUGUGCUAAAUUAUGACAUGCAACAAAAGGAACAAGAACCUAGAUGCUGUUAUCACAUCACCAUGUGGCUUGAUGUUGGCUUGGCCAUAACAGAAUUGCUGCACGUGCUCUGGAACCUGACGCUGUAUUUUGGGUGGAAUCCAGGUCAGCUCUGCGACUAUGCAAUUGAUUGA